AUGGAUCUUAGAAAAUUCUUCUCAGUGGCUACGUCCCAACAGGAACAGGAUGAACAUGAUGCCCAAAGACAAAGUGAAAUUGGUGAGAUUGAGAAAGAACAAGGUGAAUGUUCGAACGUUGAGAUAGAGACUACUGCUGAACAGUUCCCCAAUCAACCUUAUCAACCUGAUGAUCUUGCCCGCUGUUCAGAUGAGGCUUUUGUGUCAAAGGGAUUUCGCAACUGGAAGAAGAGCACAGAGAAAUUUAGACAACAUGAAAAGUCGACCACUCACAAGCUUGCUUCUGAAAAUCUAAAAUUUCGAAGAAUCCAAACUGAUAUCAAUAAACUAUUGCAGUUGCGGGCUGAUGAUGAUGACAAUCUGAAAAGAUGGCUAACAAGGAAGACUACUUUUACAGGUGGUGACAUUCAGAACGAAAUUUUGCAGUUAAUGGGCCAGUUGCGGGCUGAUGAUGAUGACAAUCUGAAAAGAUGGCUAACAAGGAAGACUACUUUUACAGGUGGUGACAUUCAGAACGAAAUUUUGCAGUUAAUGGGCCAUGCUGUUUUGAGGGAUAUCUGCAGUGAUGUGAACAAAAUGUCUACACAGUUUGGAAUCAUAAUUGAUGGAACGCAAGACAUUCAGGGCAAUGAACAGGAGAGUGUGUGCGUGCGUUAUGUUGAUGAUUCGUUUGUUGUUCAGGAGGAAAUGCUAGGCCUCUACCAGGUUUCCUCAACAACUGGGGAAUCACUUUCUAAGAUGCUGCAGGAUGCCCUGAUACGACUGCAACUGCCUAUAGAACACCUUAGAGCACAAACGUAUGACGGGGCAAGCAACAUGUCUGGAAAAUACAAAGGAUGUCAAGCAGAGAUUAAAAAAAUACAACCGAUGGCAAGUUACUUUCACUGCGGAGCCCAUGUGACACACCUCAUCACUUCCAAAGCACUGCAAACUGCACCAUAUAUAAGGAAUGCCCUUGGAUAUGUACAGGAACUCGGCAACCUAUAUAACAGCUCUGGAAAGUUCAAACACCUGUACUUGAAUCUACAUUCUGCUGACACUGAUAAUCCUUCCCCUACAAGACUAAAGCCAAUAUGCCCAACUCGCUGGUUAACGCAUUCAGCUGCAGUUAAAUCGGUUUUGCAGAAUUUUGAAGCCGUAUUGGACGCCCUUCAUGAAGCAGCUGAAGACUUUGGGACAAACACUUCAUCAAGAGCUAGCGGCCUUCAUAGUUGUCUUUCGUCUGGAAAAUGCAUUCUUGGAUUGUUUACAGCUUUACCUGUUAUCCAGUGCCUUGAACACUUUAAUAGGGCUCUCCAAGGAACAGAUAAGACAGUUUCUGGGAUGCUUGAUGCAGCAGAAGUAACAAGGCGUAAUCUACUCACCCUUCGUUGUGACCAACAAUUUAGGGAGGUCUUUGAAGCAACAGAACAACUACUCAUACAGUGCAACCUAGAACCAGUAACUCUUCCACGUAAGCGCAAACUUCCAAAAAGACACGAUGAUGGAGCUACCCAAGAGUACACUGCCAACUCUGCAGAGGAAUUGUACAGAGUGGAUUUCGUCAAGGUCAUUGACAGUGCAAUUUCUAACUUAAAAGACUACUUCACAUCCACUGACCUCAUCUUGUAUAAGGACUUAAGCGACGUGCUACUUACUGGGUCCGUUCAGCCACAUACAAUUCGUAAGUAUCCUGAACUCACAGAUUCUCUACAGCAACAAUUGGCCUUCUUCCGGAAUCAGUUUAGUGGAUCAUCCGUUGAGGACUACCGAAAGAUCUUUUUGGCAAUGGUGCCGGAAGUCCGUAGAAUGUUCCCUCAAGUUGAACAGUUGCUCAGGCUUCUUCUCAUCUCCCCAGCAAGUUCAUGUGUAGCUGAACGUUCAUUCAGUGCUCUACGACGCAUGAAAACAUGGUUGCGAAGUACUAUGACUCAGAAACGCCUUAACCAUCUCAUGGUCUGCCACGUACAUCGAGACCGACUGGCAGCAGUAAAUCCUCAAGCCAUUGCACAGGAAUUUCUACUCAAGUCAGAGUCAUGA